UCAAACUGCCAUGUCAAGUUUAUGGCUCUAAUAGAAAAACCAGCGAAUUUAAUCUUCUUGGUUCUGUGGCUUUUAUCUCACCGUGAAUGUUUAGGUUCGCCUCUAUUUUUCGCAAAGCGUUGAGCGCUUAAGAGACUGACGUGUAGACGCUUUCUCCGCGUAUUUUCUUAUGGGUCUAACGGGAUAAUGUUUCGUAUUUGUCACCGUAAAGACAAAAUAUAACGGCUGUUUCCUCAAGCGACAGUAUUUUGCCUAAGAGGAGCAUCGAUGUGAUUUCUAGCCAGCGAGGGCGGCGUUUGAUGGAACAAAGCAGCCACAAUGAUGUCAGGAAAGCAUUUUAAGGCUCACGAAGUGAGCUGCUGCAUUAAGUAUUUCAUUUUCGGAUUCAACAUCAUAUUCUGGUUCCUUGGAGUAGCAUUUCUUGGCAUCGGAUUGUGGGCAUGGAGCGAGAAGGGUGUUCUUUCCAACAUCUCAUCAAUCACAGACCUGGGAGGCUUCGAUCCAGUGUGGCUCUUCCUGGUGGUUGGUGGUGUGAUGUUUAUUCUGGGAUUCGCAGGCUGCAUUGGAGCACUGCGUGAAAACUCUUUCCUGCUCAAAUUUUUCUCUGUGUUCUUGGGGAUCAUCUUCUUCUUGGAGUUGACGGCAGGAGUCCUGGCCUUCGUCUUUAAAGACUGGAUUAAGGACCAGCUGAACUUUUUUAUCAAUAACAACAUUCGGGCGUACAGGGAUGAUAUUGAUCUGCAGAACCUGAUCGACUUCACACAGGAAUAUUGGGAGUGUUGUGGUGCUUUCGGAGCUGACGACUGGAAUUUGAACAUUUACUUCAACUGCACAGAUUCAAACCCAAGUCGCGAGAAAUGUGGCGUGCCAUUUUCCUGCUGCACCAAAGAUCCAGCGGAGGACGUCAUCAACACUCAAUGUGGAUACGACAUCCGAGCUAAAACUGACUCUGAACAGAGGACAUUCAUCUACAUCAAAGGGUGUGUCCCACAAUUUGAGAAGUGGCUUCAAGACAACCUGACAGUGGUGGCAGGCAUAUUUAUUGGGAUUGCAUUGUUACAGAUUUUUGGCAUCUGUCUAGCACAGAAUUUGGUGAGCGACAUUGAAGCAGUAAGAGAAAGUUGUUUGUUCACCUAGGCUGCCACAUAAUCUUCAGAGGCAAGAAGGAUGUACCAGGACUCUUCAGAUUGUACACCAGCAAGCGAGACCGUUGACGAAAUCCAGUGUCCAAAAUGAAGAGACUCACUUUUGUUGUAAAUAGUACAUGUAGAGUCAAUUUGUGGACCUAUUUUUGGAAGAUGCACAGCCUCUGAAAUGUAUUGUGAGUACAGUGCAUCAAGCAGUUCAAUGCAGUGAUUAUGUUGGUGAAGUAGCGUUCAAGCGACACUGUUUUGUAAGGGAAGCAGAAGAAGAGACUAUCAUGUUGCACUCUCACAAAACAAUUCUUUAUAUUGAGAGUGGACACAACUUUAUAGUUGUGUAGUUUUUAAUGCUUCUUGUAUAAAUUUAAGUCUGUUCUGAGCAAGCACUGCAUGCCUUUUGUCUACUGGUGGGACACUGGCUCGCCGAUCUGUAGUAGCCAUUUAAGUAUUAGAAAAACAUUUGUAAAAUUAGUGGUUAAUUCAUGGUGCGUUUGGCUGGAUAGCACUUUGUAAAGUGACGAACAGUAAUUCGAAGUUGCCAAGAUUUAACUUAAAUUUAUUUAUAGCAUCACUUUAUAAAACUGUGACAUUCAUUGGUAUUGAGCAGUCCUAAAAUGAAUGUAUAUACACAGUGAGGAGCAGCAUUAUUUGCACCUCUUGUGAUUUUGCAAGUUCACCCACAUAGAAAAUAGGUAGAAGUCUGAAAAUUCAAUCAAAGAUGCAUUUCCACUUAUAGAGACGUACUCUAAAAAAACAAAUCCGGAACUCACAUUGUAUGAUUUUUCAAUAAUUCAUUUGUAAUUUACUGGGGUUCAUAAGUAUUUGUACCUCUGAGAAAAUCAGUGCUAAUAUUUAGUGCAGAAGCCUUGGUUUGCAAUUAGAGAGGUCAGACACUUUUGGUAGUUCUUCACCAGGUUUUCACAUUUGGAAACAGGGAUUUUACCCCAUUCCUCAACACAAAACCUCUCUAGAUCUGUCAGGUUUGGGGGUGUGUUCGAGAAACACGAAGUUUCAGCUCCAUCCAAAGAUUUUCUAUUGCAUUGAAGUCUGGAGACUGGCUAGGCCACUCCAGAACCUUGAUAUGCUUUUUACGCUGCCACUCCUUGGUCCGUUUGGCUGUGUGUAUCGGAUCAUUGUCGUGUUGGAAGAUCCAGCCAAGACUCAUCUACAAGUCUCUGACUGAGGGAAGAAGGUUGUGGCUCAAAAUCUGACGAUACAUUUCACCAUUCAUCCUCUGCUUUAUACAUUACAGUCAUCCUGUCCCCUUUACUGAAAAGCAGCCCCAAAGCAUGAGGUUUCCACCCCCAUACUUCACAGUGGGGAUGGUGUUCUUGUGAAUGUACUAAUCCUUCAUUUUCCUCCUCAACGACGAGUAAAGUUGGCACCAAAAUGUUCUACUUUGGUCUCAUCUGACCACAUGACUUUCUCCCAUGACCCCUCUGCAUCAUUCAGAUGGUCCCUGGCAAACUUCAGACUGGCCUUCAUAUGUACUGGCUUCAACAGGGUAACCUUCUGAGCAAUGCAUGAUUUACCAUUACCAUACAUAACCAUACCAUUGUACCGUCGUGUUCUACUGACAGUAGCCUUUGAAACUGUGCAUCCAACUCUCUUCACGUCAUUGACCGGCUCCUGGUGUGUAGUUCUAGGCUGAGCCCUCACUUUUCUCAUCGUAAAUGAUGGCUCACGAGGACAGAUUUUACAUGGAACCCCAGUCCAAGGUGGAUUAUCAAUGUUUAGCCUUUUCCAUUUUCUAACAAUUGCUACAUCUGUUGAUUUAUUCUCACCAAGCUGCUUUCCAAUUGUCCCAUAGACUUUUCCUGCUUUGUGGAGGUCAACAAUUUUUUUCUCUGGUGUCUUUCGAAAACUGUCUGAUGUUGCCCAUGGUAGCAGUUUGAUGACUGAGUGUGGGGUGCACAGGUGAUAAUUAUGAGCUCAAACGGGUGGUGGGUGGGUGGUUACUCAUGGGGUAAAGGUGGCUUUUUUUUAAAAAAAUUUUUAAGGUAGACUGACAACUCUUUGAGUGUCAUAAUUAUUGCUGAUUCUCAGGGGUACAAAUACUCAUGAACCCCAGUAAAUUAAAAAUAAAUUAUUUAAUGAAUAAUUUCGUGUGAUUUCUGGAUUUUCUUUUAGAUUAUGUCUCUAUGAGUGGAAAUGCAUCUGUGAUUGAAAUUUUAGACCGCCGUUUGUAAAGCAGCACAUGCUCAAAAUUACGACAACAUUUUCUCACAUUUAGCGCGACACACUGUUUAAAAUGGUGUGAAAUUUUUAGGGUCACUUUUUUUUGUGCACAUUUACAACAUUAUUUAGAAACUUAAAUAUUUAUUUGUAAAUAAGAAGUUUUGGACCUGAUUGUUUAAAUCCAGAACUAAAUAUUUAAUUUAAACCUUAAAUUUAUAUCCUAAAUGCUAAAUCUGGAAACGGUUGAAACUAAAUAUUUAGCUUAGUAUGAAAAUUGACAUGACCGGAGACCGGAAGUAACAAAAUAAAAGCUGGUGGAGCAGCUCAGACUGUCUGUUUACGUUGCUUGAAAAUGAAUACAACCUACUCAACGGUGAAAGUCUGCUGUUGGACAUGAGUCAUUGUGAUAAUAACAAUAUAUAGGUAAAAUACAUAUUUAGGAGAAACUAUUUAAAGAGUAUUUUGUGUGCUCCAGCUUUUAUUUAGUUACUCCCUGUCUCCAGUCAUGUGAAUUUGCAUAUUAUAAGCUAAAUAUUUAGUUCCGACCGUUUGCUGAUAUAACAUUUAGGAUAUAGGAUAGAAGUUUUUGAUUUAAAUUAAAUAUUUAGUUCUGGAUUAAAACAAUCAGGUC